AUGUCAUCAAAAGAUCCGACUAUUGAUCCCUCCAGCUUGGAACAUCUUCGUGUGGCCCAGGGUCCCCUCGAGGAUUCUGCUGCUCAAUCUGACUGGGCGUCCAAAAGACUUGUUUGGGUUCCCCAGGAAUCUGUUGGAUUUGUCUCCGCAUCUAUUAUCUCUGAAGAUAAGGAUGACUGCGUCGUCCAGUUACAAGAGUCCGGCAAAAAAAUGACCGUUCCGAAAGAUGCUAUACAAAAAAUGAAUCCGCCAAAGUUUGAAAAGGUUGAAGAUAUGGCUAAUUUGACUUACUUGAACGAAGCAUCGGUCCUCUACAACCUAAAAUCCCGAUACUACUCUGGAAUGAUUUAUACAUACUCUGGCCUCUUUUGUGUCGUUGUUAAUCCAUACAAACGAUUACCAAUCUAUCGCGAAGAAAUUGUUGAGUGGUAUAAAGGCAAGAAGCGCCACGAAAGGCCGCCGCACAUAUUUGCUAUCGCGGACACUGCGUACCGAAAUAUGCUUCAAGAUCGUGAAGAUCAGUCAAUCCUUUGCACUGGUGAAUCCGGUGCCGGCAAGACCGAAAAUACCAAGAAGGUUAUUCAGUAUUUAGCGUCCGUUGCUACAUCAACAAAGAACCUUAAAACAACGCCUAGCAAUGGCGAGCUUGAGGCGCAGCUACUAAAAGCAAAUCCAAUUCUUGAAGCCUUCGGUAACGCCAAAACUAUCAAAAAUGAUAACUCCUCGCGAUUUGGAAAAUUCAUUCGCGUAAACUUCGAUACCUCGGGUUUUAUCGCUGGAGCGAAUAUCGAAACAUACUUGCUCGAGAAGGCUCGAGUGAUUCGUCAGGCCCCAGAAGAACGUAGUUUUCACAUAUUCUAUCAACUACUGACCUCAGCAUCACCGGAAUUAAAAGAGAAGCUACUGCUGGCGGAUACUUCCAGGCACUGUUAUCUUUCUCAUGGCUUCGUCGAGGUACCAGGUCUCGAUGAAAAGCAAGCCUUCCAGGAGACUACUGAGGCAAUGUCCAUCAUGGGAAUCACCGACGACGAUCAACAAGCCAUUUUCAAGAUCCUGUCUGCCGUCCUCCACUUGGGUAAUUUGGAAUUUAAACAAGAGCGUGCUACCGAUCAGGCCACCCUGCCCAAUCAAGCGGUUGCCGAAAAAGUGGCUCACCUCUUGGGUGUCCCGUUGCAAGAGUUGACAAAGGCCUUCCUCAAGCCAAAGCUCAAGAUUGGUCGCGAGACAGUUUCUAAGGCGCAGACGAAGGAGCAGGUCGAGUUUGCGGUGGAGGCCAUUUCCAAAGCCAUCUACGAGCGCCUCUUCCGAUGGCUCGUCGCGCGCAUCAACAAAUCCCUCGAUCGUGCCAAGCGUCAGGGGGUCUCUUUUGUCGGCAUUCUAGAUAUCGCGGGUUUUGAAAUUUUCCAGGUUAACUCAUUCGAACAGCUCUGCAUUAACUACACCAAUGAAAAACUGCAGCAGCUCUUCAACCACACCAUGUUCGUACUUGAACAGGAAGAGUACAGUCGGGAGGGCAUUCCCUGGGAUUUUAUUGAUUUCGGGCUGGACCUUCAACCCACCAUUGACUUGAUUGAAAAGCCUAUGGGCAUCCUUGCCCUCCUCGACGAAGAGUGUUUCUUCCCGAAAGCGACAGACAAGUCGUUUGUUGAGAAGCUCUUCAAGCAGCAGGAAAACAACCCAAAACUGUUCAAACCCGAGUUCCGUUCGACUUCGGACUUCGGAGUGUGUCAUUAUGCCGGUCGUGUGGACUAUCAAGCAGCGCAGUGGUUGACCAAAAAUAUGGAUCCCCUCAACGACAAUGUUGUGUCCCUCCUACAGUCGUCAAAUGAACCUCUCGUUCAGGCAAGUCUUCGUUGGUGUACAUUUUGUUUCCCGUGUUCCUUGGUUUUAUUGUUACGGCACUUAGUAUGUCUUGUAUUUGUUACUUUGCAUGACAUAUCAAAUACUGACCGAAGAAGUCAUGGAAGAAACGGUUGUAAAAGUAAAGCGUAUGCAGGUUUCAUCAUACCUGUACGGGCUCCUUCUUUAGUAUAUUUUUUUGCUUUUCGCUAA